CAGCAAGUUUGCUGCCCUCGGCGUCCCACGUGUGGCGGCGGUGGCUGCGGCCCGGGAGGCAGCCGGUGAGUGCCUGCGAGCACAGUGGCGGGGGCCGCUGACAGGUCCCGCGCAGCCCAGCCCCACCAAGCAGCUCACUGGUGGGGUCCAAGGGCAGUUUGGAGCAACCCGGCGCGCACCGAGAGGGGUGGACGGCUCGGCAAGGGCCUCCUGUCUCCCGCUCUGGCAGAGGGACUCGGGCGGACCUCGCUCCUUGGCCAAGAGAACCUGAACCCGGGCGGAGAGAACGCACCCAGGCGGGCAAGGGGACCAGAGGAAGCCCGGGCUGGAGGGCACUGUCGCUCACCCCUGUCUGGAGCGCACGGAGCGCAGAGGCGCCGCAGCCGCCCGUGCCCUCACCGGGACCGAGCCAGGGAUGCAGGAUCGCUGAGCGGACAUCCGCCCCGAGAGGCCGCUCGGGGCCGGGGCUGAGACGCACGCCUUCGCCACUGCUGCCAAGACCCCGAUUCCGGCGACUCUUGGGGGAACCGGGUGGCCGAGGGCUGCCCCAAGCUCAGGACUUGGGCGAGUCUAAGAAGAUGGUUUCUUAAGCACGGACCCGCGUUCCCCUUCCCGCCCCCUCGACUGGAGGCAGGGAUCCUGCGUGAGGCCCCCGGGGGCUCCGUCUCCCCGCGGAGCCCCGGCCGCUGCCUCCCGGGACAGUUCGCACGGCCGCAGGGGCGCACGGCGAUGUGGCCUCCGUCCAGCGCGCAGGCACGCCGGGGGGAUGCUCUGGCACCUGUCGGGGUCCCGGCCUAGCAUGGCCCGCGCGUUGCCCGACGUCGCCUCCGGCUAGGAUGGCCCCUCUGGGCCCGGCCGGUGCCCUCCCCACCUCUGCCGAGCCGCUGUCCCGCAGCAUCUUCCGGAAGUUCUUGCUGAUGCUCUGCUCCCUGCUCACGUCCCUUUACGUCUUCUACUGCCUGGCCGAGCGCUGCCAGACCCUGUCCGGACCCGUCGUGGGGCUGUCCGGCGGCGGCGAGGAGGCGGGGGCCCCUGGUCGCGGCGUCCUGGCCGGAGGCCCGCGGGAGCUGGCGGUGUGGCCGGCGGCGGCACAGAGAAAGCGCCUCCUGCAACUGCAGCAGUGGCGGAGGCGCCGGCCGCCCGCGCGGCGCGACAACGGCGAGGAGGCGGCCUGGGAAGAGGAGUCCGCUGGCCUGGCCGGGGGUCCCGGCGGCUCCGGGGCCGGAAGCAGCGUGGCCGAAGCCCCGCAGGGGACCCUGGCGCUGCUCCUGGACGAAGGCAGCAAGCAGCUGCCGCAGGCCAUCAUCAUCGGCGUGAAGAAGGGCGGCACGCGGGCGUUGCUGGAGUUCCUGCGCGUGCACCCCGACGUGCGCGCCGUGGGCGCCGAGCCCCACUUCUUCGACCGCAGCUACGACAAGGGCCUCGCCUGGUACCGAAAUGAGUAUUUGAGGGCACAGUGUAUCUGCAGACCUGGAUCUUAUUUUCCGUGGACCUUUCUGAGCUCCUGUAAGGGGAGGAAGGUUUCAAGGGACCUGAUGCCCAGAACCCUGGACGGGCAGAUCACCAUGGAGAAGACGCCCAGUUACUUCGUCACGCGGGAGGCGCCCGCGCGCAUCUCGGCCAUGUCCAAGGGCACCAAGCUCAUCGUGGUGGUGCGGGACCCGGUGACCAGGGCCAUCUCGGACUACACACAGACGCUGUCCAAGCGGCCCGACAUCCCCACCUUCGAGAGCUUGACGUUCAAAAACAGGACGACGGGCCUCAUCGACACGUCGUGGAGCGCCAUCCAGAUCGGCAUCUACGCCAAGCACCUGGAGCACUGGCUGCGCCACUUCCCCAUCCGCCAGAUGCUCUUCGUGAGCGGCGAGCGGCUCAUCAGCGACCCGGCCGGCGAGCUGGGCCGCGUGCAGGACUUCCUGGGCCUCAAGCGGAUCAUCACGGACAAGCACUUCUACUUCAACAAGACCAAGGGCUUCCCCUGCCUGAAGAAGGCGGAGGGCAGCAGCCGGCCCCACUGCCUGGGCAAGACCAAGGGCAGGACCCACCCUGAGAUCGACCGCGAGGUGGUGCGCAGGCUGCGCGAGUUCUACCGGCCUUUCAACCUCAAGUUCUACCAGAUGACCGGGCACGACUUUGGCUGGGAUGGAUAACCAUAUAAUUUAAAAAGAAAAAAAAAAAAUCAAAAUAUAAUAUAUUUUUUUACCAAUCGGUAGAGAAGAGACAGUUUAAUAUUUGUGCUGAAAAUAUGUUUCAGUAUUUUUUUCAAUGAAUGUUAAGAGAUUGUUCUCACUCCAGCCCCAUCUUAAUGGAUAACCAACACCAAACACGUGGGUCAAUAGAAAAGGAAAAGUUCACUUGUCUAAACGCUUUCAAUGUUCAGUUUUUAUUUUAUGUUCUAUGUACCCAGUCAUAAAGUAUAAGCAUCAGUUGUCAUUAAAAGUUUUCAGAAAAUCUUGAGGAUAAACAUCUCUCUCUUUUUAAUACAAGACCCUGAUAAAAUUGAUAUCUAUCCUUAUAUUUUUCUCCCUUUUUCCUGUGCCACUUUUUCUUAAAUUAUUUCCCAGUUAGUAUUAUCAUGUUUGUACCCCACUUCACAGUUUUCAUAGUGCUUUCAAAUACACGUUUUUGAUCAUUAAAAUACUUUUAAAAAUCUUGCUCUGUCGUAUAAGAGCACAGUAAGUAAAGAUUAUUAUCCCCACAUUACAGAAAGGAAAACUGAGUCUCUGGGAGGCGAAAUGAUGUAUCUAAAGGCUAAAUGGUGGACCCUGGACAAAAUUCCGUCUUCCACUUGUUCCGUAUUUUAUGCCACUUUUUCCAGGGAGAAUGGGAAGGAAGAUAUCUGCACCUUUAGAAAUGGUUAGCUAGUUUUCAGAUGAUCUGAAAAGGGACAGAAAGGGUGUUUUCUUGUUUUCUAAGUUCCAUGGCACCCAGUUUCAUUACAUAGUUGUGUUCAAGAAAACUACUCAGACCUGGACACAACCUCUCUUAAGAGCAGUCUUACCUCUUGGCUACUAAAAAUAGCCUGAGAUAUGGAAAUCUUGACUGACGGAUGCUUGAUUGAAUUGGAGAGGAAUUAUUGGAUUCUUACACGGAGGACAAGGUGGCCAGCCAUGCCAGGGGUAGCACAAGAUGUGUUAGGAACAUAACUUACCCAUUUGUUGGUUUAACUGACUUUAAAAAAAAAGAAAAACAGAUUUCAAUUAGCGCUUACAAGUAUGAGUCUCGUGUGUGUUUUUGGUUUACCUCUUUUUAAAGAGAGAAAAUCUACCUUUCUUUGUAGUAUCUCGCUUCUAACUUUGGAGCUAGUACUCUAAAAGAAUUAAUUAGCAAUUAGUUUUCAACGUUUUUAUUUUUCAUGGAUGGAAGAUGAUCACUUCGUCACUUUAUCCUCCCCCCUUCCUAUUAUACCAUUUAUAACCUAAUGUUCGGUAAUAUUUGGAGAAAUAUUCUAGGAAAUUCAUUUGUGGGAAAAUGGUGGCUCUUCCUCUUCUCUCGUCUGUGUCUGCCCAUCCCCCAUUUAAAUCACUCAAAUAAAUCAAUAGUUUAUUAAGAGUAUUCCUUUCCUCUCUGAGUGGGUAUUAACAAGAUUAGCGUUAAUGGGAAUUAAAUUGGUUUAGAGAGGAACACAUAUGCACGAAAUAUAUAAAACAUUUAUAAUUAGCCUGUCAGCAACAUUUUACUAGAGGUUUAAACCCAAGAGGAAAAAUGUCUUCUAUUUCAUGGAAGUUUUCUUUAUCUGCCAAAAUUUAAAGGACCAGACACUCUGAAAUAAUAUUCUUUUUCUUCUCUAAUGUUGUCAAUCAAAAGAAACUAAAGUUGUUUUAAAAUAUGCAAUACAAUUGUACAUUUACCAUAGAUGCUGCAGCAGGUGAUGUAAAUAUUUCUUGAGACGCUUAACAUAGGAUCAAAAUGAAGGAAAAAAAUCUUUUAAGUGUUAGAUAUUGUGUCAUUGCUCCAAAUCUUCGAUUUAUCUGUUAAUAUCCCAUUUACAGGAGUUAAGUAAACCCCAAAUCCAGGUCACCUUUUCUCAGCUGAUUUCCUUCAUGUCUAUGCCCUCAAUUUCCCAGUGCCACAGACUGUUUUUAUUCUACUUGAAUCACUAGCUGCAACAAGAUAACUCUUAUCAUCAUUUCUCUUAGCUCAUUUUGUUUGUACAACUGAUUCUUUUGUAAGUGUUUGCUUGGCGUUAUGCAAAAGUGGCUUGCACAAACAAACAAUUGCAUUCUGCAACCUUCAUUUUUUUAAUGUGAAAGAAAUAAUAAAAGAACAGAAUUGAAUGCAAAGGAUCUCUUUUUGAACAUAGAUAUUUUUGUUCAUAUUAUUUUCAAAAUGAAUGACUACAGAAAAUGCCAGGAAAAUCUUCUAGCUUCUCUGAGUUCCUUAGAGUGUUAGAAGUGAUAAGUACCAGCAAAAUGUAUAAAGAUUUAGAGUCAGUAUUCCCUAACAGGAAUAUCCAUUCAUUUCUGCCUCUAUACUGUACUCAUCCCUGCUGUGCAUGAACUUGACCUCACAUUUAUUUUGUCCAUUUAGCUACACCAGAUCAUAGGCUUUGACCUCGAUUGGAACACCUUAGCAUCCAUUCUCUGAGCUGUCUGCUCCAAAGCCAUGCCUCCCAAUCCCCUUCCCGUUUCUUAGAGGUAUAGAGUGUUGUCUUUCAAGAAGAACACCUAGAAAAUACAGUUUCGUUUUGAGCAGUUUGCUUCCAAGGUCACAUCUACAGUGUAUCCAUUCUCCAGAGAACUUAACCACUUCUAGGGAAAUGAAUUUCAUUUCAAUAAAUGGAGAUUAAUAUGCUUCUAGAAAAUGGAUAUUGAUUAUUCUAGAAAUAUUAAUCCCACUCUAAUUUUCUUAUUUUCAAAGGAUCUUCAAAGUUGAAACCAACUUCAAUGGUCAUUUGGAUCAAAUUCCUGUUCAGCACCUGAAUCCUUUCAUUAACUUGUUAUGCGGGGGUUUAAAACAUUGAUGUGUCUGUAAAUUCUUAACUCUUGAUAUUACAGUUGAAAAGGGGAUACAUUUCUCCUAAACAGUCUCAUCGUAUUCUGUCAGCUGAGACCUGCUGAGUCCCCAGCUCCCCAUGAAGAUAUCUUAAGUUCAAUAUGUGAAUAAAGAAAUGUGUCUAUAAAAUAAUAA